GCGUAGUUUCAUUUCGCAGAGGCGGCGUUUCCUUGAGAGUCACUAACUGAGAUCCUUCCCCAUUCACUUCCCAACUUUUAAAGCAAAAAUCGCGGUCUCGAUUCACAAGACUGCCUCUCAGCUCUUCUCACGCCUCCUCCCAAAGGCGGAGGCAGUGGGAAUAGCCCGGCCCGUCUUCUUUGCGCGGAAAAGCCGGCUAGCCGCGUUUCCCGCCCCCUCCCUGGAAUUCAGGCGGGAGAAUUGCUGAAGCGCCCGUGAUGUCUGGCGCUCGGAGACGGGGCGCGGGCCACUCCUUGGCGGGUUUCAGGCGGGGCGCUGGGCAGGAUGAGGCCGACGCGGCUGCCAUCCCCCAGGGCUUGCUUCGGGCGGCUAGGAGGAGCGGCCAAUUAAACCUGUCCGGCCGGGAGUUGACCGAAGUACCUCUACAUGUUUGGCGAAUAAAUUUGGAUACUCCAGAAGAGGCCCACCAAAAUGUAUCUUUCAGUGCUGCCGAUCGCUGGUGGGAGCAAACUGAUCUCAACAAACUGAUUUUAUCUUCUAACAAACUGCAGUGUCUUUCUGAUGAUGUCAAACUCUUACCUGCCCUCACUGUGCUUGAUGUGCAUGAUAAUCAACUCACGUCUCUCCCUGCUGCUGUAGGAUCACUAGAAAAUCUUCAGAAACUUAAUGUGAGUCAUAAUAAACUGAAAAAGAUACCAGAAGAACUUACUCAACUAAAACACUUGAGGAAUCUGCUUCUGCAGCACAAUGAAUUGUAUCACUUGCCUGAUGAAUUUGGACAGCUUGUCAGUUUGGAAGAGUUGGAUAUCUCUAAUAACCACAUAUCUGGCAUCCCAACAAGUUUUGCUUUCCUUAUAAACUUGGUGCGACUCAAUGUAGCUUCUAAUCAAUUAAGGAAUCUACCCACAGAAAUCAGUGCAAUGAAAAGUUUAAAACAGCUUGAUUGCACUAAGAAUUUCCUGGAAACUAUACCUCCUGAAUUGGGCAGUAUGGUUUCAUUAGAACAACUUUAUCUAAGGAGAAAUAAGUUGUGCUGCCUGCCAGAUUUUCAUUCAUGUACAUAUUUAAAGGAAUUGCAUGUUGGUGAAAAUCAGAUUAAAGUAUUAAGAGCUGAACAACUGAAGUAUCUGAAUUCCUUGUGUGUGUUGGAACUAAGGGAUAAUAAGCUGAAAUCAUUGCCUGAUGAAAUUACUCUGCUACAGGGAUUAGAACGACUAGACUUAUCCAACAAUGAUAUUAGCAAUCUUCCUUGUAAACUAGGAAACCUUUCUAAGUUGAAAUUCUUAGCGCUGGAAGGAAAUCCUUUAAGAGCAAUCCGAAGGGAUAUUCUACAAAAAGGAACACAAGAAAUGCUGAAAUACCUUAGAAGCAAAAUACAAGAUGAUGAAAUAAUUAACCCAAACGGAGAAUUUCCUGUGACAGCAAUGACUUUGCCAAGUCAAUCCAAAAUUAAUAUGCAUGCUAUUACUACGCUGAAGACAUUAGAUUAUAGUGAGAAACAGGCCGCUGUAAUACCGGAUGACGUUCUGAAUGCAGUUGGGGACAAACCAGUCAGCAAUGUAAACUUCAGCAAGAAUAAUCUGACUGAAAUUCCAGCAAGGAUUGUGGAACUAAAAGAAUCUGUGAGUGAUAUCAAUUUUAGUUUCAAUAAGCUGUCUUCUGUUUCACUGGAGCUCUGUAUGCUUCACAGGCUGACACAUUUGGAUCUUAGAAAUAACAUUUUGACAUCUCUGCCAGAUGAAACGGAAGCACUGGCAAAACUACGGAUAAUAAAUCUUGCCUUUAACAGAUUUAAAAUAUUUCCAAAUGUCCUCUAUCACAUUCUGACCCUUGAAGCCAUCCUUCUUGGAAAUAAUCAAAUUGGAUCCCUAGAUCCUCAGCAGUUAAAGAAGAUGGAAAAGCUCAGUACUCUAGAUCUUCAAAAUAAUGAUCUCUUACACAUUCCACCAGAACUUGGGAAUUGUGAAAAUCUCAGAGUACUUUUACUGGAAGGUAACCCUUUCCGAACUCCCCGAGCAGCUAUUCUGGCUAAGGGGACAGUUGCUGUCCUUGAGUAUCUGAGAAGCAGGAUUCCUACUUCAUCUGUUGCUGCAGAUGUGAACUAAAAAGUAUGCAACAUCUUACUUUCUGAAGAACGAAGAUCACGGCGUUUGUUGUUAUGAGAAACGUAACUUGAAAAUGCAUAUGUUAGGAAGUUGCUUAUAGGGUUCUCAAAGAUUUUAGUCUACUGCAGGCUGUCCUCGGGGCCAUACUUGUAUGGCAUAUAUUUGGGUGAUUGAUAUGUGACUCUACCCAGCAAAAGCAAAUGGUUGCUUAUGGCCUUCUCCCCCCUCAACAUAUAAAUUUGGUAUGGACAUGUUCUAAUUUUAUAUUUGGUACUUCUCAGCCACUUAGAAUUCUGUUUGUUUAUAUGUUUUAAGAGCACCAACAAUGUGUUUGCAAUUCAUGUAUACAACGUUAAGGCUUUGGUCCGAAGGCUGUUAGAGAAGAGGUGUAAGCUAAAGAUUUGCUUGCCAUUGGUAUUUUGGUACAUGAAUGUAAUAUGUAUUUUAAAAUCAGAUUCAAUUUCAAAAACAGCAUUUAUACAUGUUUACAAAUGCAAAGAAUGUUUAUGGAACAAAAAUAUCCUCAAAGUAUCCUCAACUUUGGGGCUGUAGGCUCUCAUGGUUUUAGUGAAUUUCAUAGGCAUCAUUGCAAAUAUUAGUUUUGUAGGAAGUAAACUGGUGAGGUUCCUUUCGUAUUUUUCCUCACAUAUAUCACAUUGUAAAUACCCUCUACCUUGCUUGUAUUCUGUUCUCUCAUAUGUUUGUUUCUUAAUUGGAAUGAUACACAUGAUACACUUAUUUCAUUGUGGUAUUCUGUUUGGCUUGCUUUCAGAUUAUUUUAUUCUGAUACAAGUCUCUGUCUGAGUGAGAAUUCCUGACAAAUUCUAGUCCUGAAAUAUUAAGUAAACGUUCAGUUAAUUGAUAAGUUGUACUGUUGAAUCACCAGUGUUCCGACUAAAGUUUUAAUUCCUUGUAGAAUACUAUCUGUUCAACAAUAUAUGGAAUUGUUUAUUUCUUGGAUGCUGGCGAGUACUGAGGGUAAUUGCGAAAGCUACAGUCGUAAUUGAAUCAAGCUUAAGAGACAGCUAAUUCUAGCUGAGGGGUGAGCAACUAUGGCCCCUUUACAACCUGUGGAUUUCAAUUCCCAGAAUUCCUGAGCCAGAAAUGGCUCCUGGCUCAGGAAUUUUGGGAACUAAAGUCCACAGGUCAGAAAGAGUCCAUAAUUGCCCAACCCAGUCUAGCUUCCACCCAUACAACCUUACCUCUGCCUAGCCCAGUCAGCUGUUCCAGUAAGGGGGCGAUUUCUCCAGUAUCUUGAUAUUAGAUGCUGGCCAUUGAUACACUAAAUAAAGGCCUAUUUUAGAGAAAGAUAAAAUGUGCUGAUUGAAGGUAAAGAGGUGCUGUGUCCUCUUCUAGAUGUUUUCUUUUGUCUGUAUAAUACAGUAAAAUGUUUUGUAAAUAUGCUGGGAGGAAUUCUUACAGAUCAAAGUGGUGCUUCUGGGCAUUAGUUGUAAUCCCCAACAAGUAUCCUUAGGUGCUCCUGUGUGAAGCAGUAGACACUGACUUUUUUUAGCAGUUAGGAAGAUAAGGAUAGCAUAAAGGCUACACUAGUGCAAUAAACCUGUGUGUGUG